UAGUUCAAAGGUAAUAAAAUAAAAACACUACAAGAUCUUUGUCAAGACCACGAAGAUCUAUCAAUCUAUGUUAGAUCAUAUUAGAUGUCUAUACGAAAUGAAAAUCACUAACGAUUAUUUUGGUAAAACAAAAGAUGGACAACAAGUUACUUGUUACAGUUUAGCAAACAGCCAUGGAAUCAAUAUCAAAAUCCUUGACUUUGGAGCAACUAUUUCAGAGAUUAAUGUGCCAGAUAAGGAUGGAGUCAUCAAUGAUAUCAAUUUAGGUUUCAACACUGUUGAAGAAUAUGAAGAGAAACCUGGCUACAUUGGUGGAUUUAUUGGCAGAGUGGCCAAUAGAAUUGGUGGAGGAGAGUUCACCUUAGAUGGUGAAACAUAUAAACUAUAUCAGAACAACGGACAGCACUGUCUUCAUGGUGGGCGAGUGGGCUUCAAUAAGAAAAUGUGGACAGGGGAAGUAACUAAUGACAGCCUCAUACUGAAAUAUAUCAGCCCUGAUGGUGAGGAGAAUUUCCCAGGGGAGCUAAUUGUGACAGCAGAAUAUCAAUUAAAUGAUGACAAUGAGUUCAUAAUGCUCUACACAGCUACCACAAGUAAAGCCACUCCACUGAAUCUAACAGAGCAUACAUACAUCAAUCUUGGUGGACAUGAUUAUGGCUGUAUCAAGGAUCAUAUAGUAACUAUUCCUGCCAGCUAUUGGCUACCAUUGGGAGAUGAUGGACUGCCAACUGGUGAACGUCAACCCGUUGAAGGGAGUGAAUAUGAUUUGCGUCUGCCAACAUGUUUAGCAGAUGUUGUAGAUAAAAUCCCUACUGGAAGAGGAUUCGAAAAUUAUUUUUGUUUGGAAGAUAAUAAAGAUCUAAAAUUAGCAGCAAGAGUUGAACACCCACCUACUGGAAGUUACUUAGAGUUACACACUACUGAACCAGGCUUACAGUUCUACACAUCAUACUAUUUACCAGAAAUGGCAGGGAAGAACGGCGCCACUUAUAAGCAAUUUUGUGCCAUAGAUUUAGAGGCUCAACAUUACCCAGACAGUAUUCAUCAGAUGCGUGAGUACCUUGUAAGAAGGAGGGGGGGGGGGGAGAAGCGAUAUAAAAUCUUUUGGAUUGUCCAAGAUUUAAUCCUGAGACUUACGUUUCGGGAUCUCAUGCUCUACCUCUCGCGUGUCGUCAUGUUUUUUUUUUAUUCAACUCAGAAAUUAUGGGAUGGCACAGAACAGAACGGAAGUCUGGUGCUACGCUACGUGAGUCCUGAUGGGGAGGAGAAUUACCCGGGGGAGUUGAGUGUCACUGUCACCUACAGCUUUGAUGAUGACAACACAAUGACCAUAGACUACAAGGCAACUACAACCAAACCCACAGCCGUUAACUUAUCAAACCAUGCUUUCUAUAAUCUAGCUGGACAUGGAGCUGGCCACAUUAGAGAUCAUAUUGUCAUGAUUAAAGCUACACAUUAUCUACCCGUGGAUGACGUCUAUAUUCCAACUGGCGAGAUCAGGCCUGUAGCAGGCACAGACUAUGAUUUGACUUCGCCAGUGUGUCUUGGUGACCGUCUGGACAAAGUCAGAGGUGGACAGGGAUUCGACACAAAUUUCUGUUUGGACAAUAAUGGAAAACAUGAGAUGGUCAUGAGAGUCGACCAUCCGCCAAGCGGACGUUACCUCGAAGUGUCUACAGACGAGCCUGGAAUAACUUUCUACACCAGCAACGUAAUGGCAGACAUGAAAGGCAAAGGUGGCGCCACCUACUGCAGAUUCUGUGCCUUUGUUAUUGAGGCCAACCACCAUCCUGACAGUGUCAAUAAGCCACACUUUCCCAGCACUAUCCUGAGACCUGGACAAGUGUACACCCAGACAACGUCGUAUAAGUUUGGACUACUGUAGACUACCAGGCCGCAUGGUUUGUGCCUCGACCUCCUCCCACGAAGGUCCUGAGUUCCAACACUAAUCGCCAUCAUUCCCUUCCCUUUUUUGUAGAAGUUUUGUUCUAGCACGAACCAGUAACCCCAGAGGGCCGAACUGAUCUGAAGCAUCGUUUGAAACUUUGAAGCCAAAUCAAGACAAUGUUCAAUAGUUUAGGCAUCUGCUAAAUGACAUUUAAUUAGUAAAUACAGAAUACAUUUGAUAAAAGUA